AUGCUCCAAAACAUCACCUGUACAAAUUGUGGGGAACCAGAGAGUGUGGAUCACAUCCUCUUUCACUGCCAAUACGCAAAUGAGGUCUGGAGGUAUGGACCGUGGAAUCAAUCCAUCGAUACAACUGAUGCUACAACGUUCUUCGAAAAGCUUGAGAGAUCUUGGAACCUAACUCCCCUCCCACCUUAUGGAUUCACGGGCAAUGCUUUGCCGUGGAUAUGUUGGGCAAUCUGGACCUCCAGGAACCAAAGGAUCUUCGAAAAUAGAUCCCAAUCGCCAGAAGAAACAGCUCUAAAAGCGAUCCAGGCUCUAAAAGCGAUCCAGGCCCUCAAGGAAUGGGAGAUUGCGCAACCCCCGAGCCUGAAAAUCCCCAAAUCAUUGACUACUGGCCAGCAACACGAUCCGAUGGUCCUUGAUCCCUCUGAAAUCUUCUGUAACACUGACGCGUCCUGGAGUCACACCUCUAAAGAAGCAGGACUAGCUUGGAUCUUCACAAAUGGAUCAGCAACAGAGAUAUUUCGCGGGUCGAUCAAGCAAAGCGCAGUCUCAUCGCCAUGCAUGGGCGAAGCUCUGGCGAUCAGAGAGGCCUUACUCCAAACAGCCACCAAUCACUACUCCAUUAUCUGUAUUCGAACAGACUCUCAAGUGCUUGCACAAGCUAUCACCUCUCGACGGAACUCUACGGGAUUCUAUCAGAUAUCGACGAGCUCGCUUUCUCCUCUUCCUCCCCCUUUAUCAAUUGUCGUUUUACUUAUAUUUCUAGGGCCAAUAACGGGCCGGCUGAUGGGCUUGCCAAGGCAUGUCUGGUAG